GUCAUUACUAUGGUGAUUCAGCCACUGAUCUAUAAAUAAAUAUUUAUAGAUCAGUGGAUUCAGCGAUGCCGGAGCACUGUGCGGCGUAUUCCUGUGCCAAUAGGCGGACGGUAGCGAGCAGAGCUCAAGGAAUAACUUUUCACAGAUUUCCUAAAGACAGAAAUGUGAGGAAGAAGUGGGAGAUCGCUCUAAGGAGGGAGAAAUUCACAGCAAGUGACUCAUCUGUGCUGUGUAGUGAACACUUCAGAGAGCAGGAUUUCGACAGGACAGGACAGGUUGUCCGCCUUAGAGAUGGCGUUAUUCCAUCCAUCUUUAAGUUUCCAGAUCACCUCCAAAGACCAGAAAAAAGCAGGAACACAUCUGCCUCCAGAAGAUCUGAGGAGAGCCUGUCUGAGAUUCCUCAGGAUGACCCGGUGGCCUCAACCUCACAUUCAGAACCUCAGCCUAAAGAUGCCAGAUUCUCCGGAGCUUUGGAAAGAGUUAAUAUAUUGGAGCGAGAAAAAAGAAUGCCAAGGCGCGUGAAAAGAAGACCAACGUGAAGAGUCUUCUAGCACAAUUAAGUGAAAAGAACCUCAUUACUGAAGAGCUCAAAGACAGACUUGAGUUCUACUCAGGUGGCUUUGUUCUGUGGAUGACAAGCCUGGCCUGAACAAAAUUAUGCUGGAUAUGCUGGAGAAAAGACGGACGGACGACCAAGCUAAAUAUGGGCGUGUUGCAGUCAUGUUAGAUUCCAUGGCCAUAAGAAAACAUGUGCAAUAUAAUCCGCACAAGCAGUCAAUGUCUGGCUUUGUAGACAUGGGUGAUGGAAACAAUGAGACUGAUGUUGCUACUGAGGCGCUUGUGUUCCUGGUGGUUGGCCCUCAAGGACAUUGGAAGGCUCCCAUUGCAUAUUACCUGAAGAAGACUCUGUCUCCAGACACACAAAGGGUCCUUCUCACUCAUGCUUUGGAGGAGCUGCAUGCAUGGGGUAUUCAGGCGGUAUGUGUCACAAUGGAUGGCCAUGCUACAAACAUCAGCAUGUGCAAUCAACUUGGUUGUGAGCUGAGGGGUAACCCACAAGAACCACUUAAAACCAGUUUCCCACAUCCGUGGACUGGUGACCAAGUAUUUAUAAUGAUGGACGCAUGCCACAUGCUGAAGUUGGCACGUAAUAUGUUGCAGUCGUACAGUCCGAUUGCAUCUACCAGUGGACAGAUAAAUUGGAGGUACAUCGAUCAGCUCAAUGAUGUGCAAAAAAAAGAUGGACUGCAUGCUGCAAAUAAAAUUACAGACCAGCAUGUCCACUUUGAGAACCAGAAAAUGAAGGUUUCCCUCGCUGCACAAACACUGAGUCGCUCAGUGUCAGUGGCUCUCCGCACAAUGCAAGAUCUUGGGUACUCUCAGUUCAGAGACUGUGAGGCAACAGCAGAUUUCAUCGAGAUGAUUGACAGUCUCUUUGAUAUUAUGAAGGGACGCAAUCCUCGUGCCAAAGGAUUCAAAGCUCCUUUCAGUGCUUUGAAUUUGAUAGAGAGGAAAGCAUUUUUGUCAAGGGCCAGAGAGCACUUGCUCACUUUGGCGACAAAAGAUGGAACACCCCUCCACCGCUCCAAGAGGUCUAUUAAAAAAAAGAGCAUUAAAGUUGAAAGUUCAAGAAAAUUACUGCAUGAGUUCAUUGAAACAGUUCCAGUUUUUGUUCCAUGCAUCGAGUUCAUAAGAUGCCUCAUUCUCUAUCAGGUUCAUAUGAUACAGUGCAUUUUCUUUUUGUUUUGUCUGCCAACAUGAUGCUCUUUAAUUACAAUGUUUUUCUGUGUCCAGCUGUAUUAGUCAAAAUUAACGUGUAUUCAGUGUUUUUCAGGUCCCAGAUGCAUAUAAAUCAGUUUUUUUCCCCCAACAUUAAGAUUUGUCUGUGUCAAAAAGAGAGUUUGCAUGUAGGAGGGAUGUUGUCGUUUUCUGCCGCUUAUCCUGGUCCGGGUCGCAGGGCCAGCAGCUUCAGGAGGAAGGCCCAGAUCUCGCAUUCCCAAGCCAGGCAAGAGAUAUAAUCCCUCCACCUGGUCCUGGAUCAGCCACGAGGCCUCCUCUCGGGAGGCGUCCAGAAGGCAUCCUGACCAGAUGCCCGAGCCACCUCAGCUGACUCCGGUUAAAGAAAAAAAAAUUCUGUUCUGGUUAAAAUUUAAAUCUGCAGUUUUGUUUUCAUUUGAAUUGUCUUAUAUUAAGUGUGUUGCAGGUCCUAGAUGCUUCUAAAUGGGUAUGUAUUAUACAACAUCAUGUACAUGUAACGCAAAAUGGUAAGUAUUGCAUAUGUUCUUGUUCUCAAGUUUUUAUCUGCUCUGGUAGCUGCUUUUCCUUCUCCGAGUUUGCACCCAAGAAAUGCAACUUUUUUCUUUUGCAGGUAUUUGUCUGUCAUUGGAUUUGUCAUUAACAUCGACACACUGAUGGUAAUGAUUCCAGAGCUCCUCCAAGUUCAGCGGUAUGUUCUAACAUACAGAUUUAGCCAGGAUCACUUGGAACUCCUGUUUAAUUCCAUCAGAGUGUCAGGUGGCUGGAAUAAAAACCCCUCUGCGAGCCAGUUCCAGGCCAUUUUCUGCCGCUUGAUGGUUCGAUGUGGUGUGUCACCCAGUGAGACUGGCAAUGUUGCAGCCCAAGAUCAGACUGUGUCCCUAGCUGCAGUAGAGAUGUCCUCUCCAGAAACAGCUGAAGAACAUCCAUCUCCAUUUGCAAACAUUUCGGCCGUUGUGACAGAUCACAGUUACCUGCCCACUCGGUUUGGGGGACUGGUGGAAAAUGCCAUAGUCUACAUCGCAGGAUUUGUGGUCCGGCAAAUUCUGCAAAAGCUGUCCUGUGAUAUAUGCCGUGCAAGCUUGGUGAGAGAUGCUGUACCGUUGUGGAGUUGAAACAACGAGACGGGGGAUGUAGGAAACCUGACAGAGAAGAAGGAUGUCAAAUGAGAAGAAACCUGCUGACCACGGCCAUGCUGUCGGACUCAUCAUCUUUGUGCUCGGUCUGGGAACUCUGCUGCCCUGGAACUUCUUCAUCACGGCCUCACAGUAUUUCAACGAGCGCCUCGCAGCACCAAACACCACCGCUAACGGCAGCUCAGACAGCACGUUCAAAGACUACAACUAUGACAGCUGGAUGGCUUUGCUCUCCCAGCUGCCCCUGCUGCUCUUCACCCUGCUCAACUCCUUCCUGUAUCAGUGGGUGAGGGAGCGUUUCCGUGUGGCCUUCAGUCUGGUCAGCAUCCUCCUCCUCUUCUCCCUCACUGCUGCUCUGGUCCAGGUCCCCAUGGAGCCUGACGCCUUCUUCUCCGUCACCAUGGCAACCAUCUGGUUCAUUAACAUGUUCGGUGCAGUGCUGCAGGGCAGUCUGUUCGGGGUGGUCGGUCUGUUUCCUCCUCGCUACUCCACUCUGUUCAUGAGCGGUCAGGGUCUGGCCGGGAUCUUUGCUGCCGUCGCCAUGCUGUGCUCCAUCCUGACUAAGCCGGAUCAAAGCUCGGCUGCGUUGGGAUACUUCAUCACUCCGUGCGUGGCCACUCUGGGGACUCUGAUGUGUUACCUGCUGCUGCCUCACCUGGAAUUUGCCCGUUUUUAUUUGAACAGAAGUCAGGAGACGUCGCAGGAGCUCCUCAGCAGCACAGACAAAAGCGUCGUGAACAUCAAUGAAAAAGAGCUGGAGGCUGAAAGAACGUACGUCAGCGAACCAGAGGAGCGUUCCUCCGUCCUGGCCGUCUUCAAGAAGAUCUGGCUGAUGGCUCUGUGUGUGACGUGUGUGUUCGCCGUCACCCUGUCGGUGUUUCCCGUCAUCACAGUUCGAGUCCGGACAGUUUUCAGGGACAACAGCGCCUGGGACAAAGUGUUCACCUGUGUUUGCUGCUUCAUCGUUUUUAACGUCAUGGACCUGGUGGGUCGCAGCGCUCCGUCUCUCCUCCAGUGGCCGUCGAAGCAGAGCCGCUUGUUUCCAGCCGCCGUGCUGCUUCGUCUGGUCUUCAUCCCUCUGCUCAUGCUGUGCAACAUCCAGAACUCCAACGUCACCGUCUUCAGUCACGACAUCUGCUUCGUCAUCAUCAUGGCUCUGUUCUCCUUCUCUAACGGAUACCUGGCCAGCCUCUGCAUGGCCUACGCCCCACAGUUGGUGCGCUCUAAGGACUGUGAGACAGCCGGAUCUCUGAUGACCUUCUUCCUCGUUCUGGGUCUGGCUGUGGGAGCGUCGUUCUCAUUCCUGCUGGGAAAACUGGUCUAGAUCACCUCAUGGAACUUUGUUCAUGACUGGUGGAAAAAUAUGAUCAGGAUGAAACAAGGUGGAGCGUCUCAGUCGAUGAAACGGCUUAAAAAAUAACCCCAAAGCAAGUAAAAGCACUUUGAGUUUGCACUGUUAUUCUAUUGGCACAUUCAGAACAGAAUUAUGUCUUAUCUUGAUCAACACACCUGCAUUAGAUAGAUCACAAGUCAGUGAGCCGCACUUUUAUUAAAGGAGACGGUAAAAUGCUGAAGUCUGAACGUACCGACCUCCUGUCUCUUCUGCUCAUUAGUAGAGGCCAAAAAAAGUCGUCCUCGCAGUGAACACCACACUGGAUUCAGACCUUACAUCACUGCACUGCCUCUUCCCCAAAUUUCUGAAAAACCUUCAGGAAGAAAAUUCCAAUAAUUCCUUAAAAAUUCUCUUAAAAAUUUUAUUUAAAAAAAAUCCCCCAAAUUUGGCAAGAAAAUUCUUGUAAAUGUUUUCAAAAGAUGAGUAAAAAUCUUCCAAAAAAUCCUAAAAAUAUCUAGAGUGAUUACCUACAUAUCAGUAAAACGUCUAAUAUUUUCUUUAAGAACAUUCACAUAAAAAUCAACCAAUUUUGGUUCAUUUUUAGGUGAACAUUCUUAAAGAAUUUUUUUUUAACAUUUCUUUUUUUUCCCACCAAAAAAUGUUCAAAAUUUUCCCAAAAAAUUUAAAAAUGUCUACAUUAGAAGUUUCACUGUGAAAAUAUAUUUUUUAAAAUAUAUUUUUUCCACAUUUUCAAACUUUAAAACGGUUUAAUUUGACCUGGAGAAUGACACGAGGGUUAAAGACUCACAGAGGCUCUGCAGAGUUUGGUAACUCAACCAAACAGGAGCGGUCCAGAGCUGGACGCUCCUCUGUGGUUCUCCGAUGGUGGAACCAGUUCCCAAGCUCUGUUGUUCUAAAAUUAUAAAGACUGAAGAAACGGUUCCACGAAGAGCCAGUCCACAAAUCCAUCCUGAUGAGAGGAUCAAAUGCAACAUUUUUGGUCCAAAAUAUUGAAAGUUGGCAUCAGAUGUGUGUUUAGAUGAAUAAAUUAGCUGCUCUUUGACAAGUUAGUUCCUGAUUUAAAUCACAUUUUGUCAUUUGAAGUUGCGUCACUUUGGCAGAUUCAUUUCUCAGCUGCUUGUUUGGACGAUAUUGGAGAGCUUUGGUUUGUUUUGGUAAAUGUAAGAACAUGCAAAUUCUGCUUUUAUGUCAACAGUAGUAUCUGAAAACCUUCAGAUAAUAAUGAAUGAGUUACCAGACUGUUCCGUCUGCAGAGUCUCUCUCAGUCUUUAAGAAAAAAACUAAAAACCAGCUCUUCACUAAAAAAAAACUCCAAAAAACAAACAAAAAAACCCCAAAUCCUUUUCCAUCUGCACUGCCUGCAGACACCACGUUCUUAUUAUCUCCUGAAUUAGUUUUAUGGCUCUUAUCCAGUUGUUUUCUCCUGACUAGAUCCUUGUUUGUAUCGUAUCUACUCUCAGACGUACGUCGCUAUGGAUAAAAGCGUCUGAUAAAUGAAGCUGUAUAAACUGUAAACCUGAAGCUCACCUCAUCUGAGUGUGAACCUGUGAUUGGCUGAAGGCUCUUCUAAAGCCUGAAGUCAAGGUUUCCAGUCAGACCACGUGGAUUACUACAUCUUGGAACGUUAGUGUAGAUUUUUAAAGAAAAAGAAAAACCGUGCCUCCUCCAGCUUUAAGGGAAUCUGUUUGUGUGUUUAAAGUGUCAAAUUUCUGCUUUCAGGCUUUAGAAGUCGUAGGGGUGGAGAAUAUUACGGUGUGAGGUCCCUGCUAGCACUGGUUUGUUUUGUGCAGUCAUUCUUAUUCAAUUAUCAAAGAAUUUUACUGCUAACGUAAAUAUAUAUGUAUAUGUGCUCCACAAACACCGUCUGUGUUGACCACUGUGAGCUUUAAGGGUUAACAGAUGUUUAAUUUGAAGUUUUCUCUGACUAAACAUGAAAUGAUUCAUAAUAAUGUUAAUGAUAAUUAUUAUUUCAUUAUAUAAGUCAGUAAUUAAUGCACAGAAGUCACACACUGCUGAUUUUUAUAUUUUGCGUUCUGUAUUUAUUUGAUUCUUGUGUUUUAUGAGGGCUUUAUUAUAACAACGUGUCUCCUACUGCUGAGAUUGUUUUAUACCACAUCUUUUUUACUGCUUUUUUGUUGCUUAUUUAUAUAUUUUUGUAUAGUAACUUCAUAUUAAAACGUUCAAAAUGUC